CACAAUUUCCCCUUCCGGAGUGAAGCUCUUGUGCUCAACUAGUUUCAAACAGUAUUUAGUCAUCCUUUGGGUUCAAUAGAAACGCACUUUGUUCAUCCUUAGCAAAAUGGCAUGUCCUUUCGCUAGGCCCGCCCCGGCGGAGGCAUUUCAGCGGCAGCCUUCCAUCGCCGAGGGCCACGGUUGGAAUUUGGACGAGGAUUUAAGUGAAAUUCCGGAUGACGCCCUGACGUUAACGCAUCUGAAUGCGGCCAUCCAACUGCUGACGGCACCGACGAAUGAGGAUGUUUACGAAGCGUUGAUGUCGUUAAUUGAAAAGUACAGCAACAGGUGGCCUGGCCUUGCAAAGCUGAAAACCGACCGGAACUCGCUGUCCAUCUAUCCGCACUAUGAUUACUUAGCGGAUGUUCAGGACAAUUUAAAUCAAAUUGAUGAAUCAUCCGCCAGUCGUAUUCUGGUCCUACUUGGAGAGGAAUUGAUCCACACUUCCUGUGUGGGAUUGAUCGAACGCGCCUACAAAUGUCUCGGGUCCAAUCUACAGGAAUUUCUUGGCUCACUGGAUGGGGUAUACGAUGUGCUGAAGCUCCAGGAGGAGGACAUUUCCGAUACCGGAUUUGUUUGCGCUGGUGAGGGUGAGUUGAUUUUCACUUCAGAACGUCCGGUGCUGGCUUGGUUGCUGCUCGGAUGUCUGCAGGCGUUGAGCCGCAUGCUGUUCAACCACGAUCCACAGAUCGAGAUGGAACCCCUAGAGGGUGAUGUCCCUCGUUAUCGUUACUUAUUCAAACUGGAUGAUUUGGAGGAACCAGUUGUUCCACUGGUCGCUGAAAGAAAAUCCUCAGGAAUACUACGGGAAAGUGUUUCCUCUGAUGCUCACGAUCUGAAGAUGGACAACGACUUCUUCUGUAGAGCGUUUCCGUGGCACUUCAUAAUGGACGAGAAUCUGGAUCUGGUGCAAGUUGGGCAAGGAUUCAGUCGGCUGUUCAAGAAUUACAUGGCAACCUCCGGGUUGUCAGCUGGUACUUAUUUUCGCUUCAAGCGUCCCCGUGGGCUAUCACUAAAGUUUCGAGAAAUUGUUCGUCGCACCAAUACACCCUUCAUGAUCUCACUGCGGGCACCUCCAGGUCGACCGGAUUUCUUUGCCAAAGGGCUGGAAAUUAAGGGACAAAUGGUGUUCUGUCCGGAAUCCAACUCGCUGUUGUUCAUGGGAUCGCCAUUUUUGGAUGGACUGGAAGGUCUAACCUGCAAUGGUUUGUUCAUUUCUGAUAUUCCUCUGCACGACGCAACCCGGGAGGUCAUUCUGGUGGGUGAGCAGGCCAGAGCUCAGGAUGGACUUCGGCGGCGAAUGGAUAAAUUGAAGAGUUCCAUCGAGGAAGCAAACGCCGCUGUUACCAAGGAACGUAAGAAGAAUGUUAACUUGCUGCAGUUGAUGUUCCCAGCGGAGAUUGCGGAACGGCUUUGGCUGGGAGCACAGAUUGAUGCCAAGACCUAUCCUGAUGUUACGAUGCUGUUCAGCGAUAUUGUAGGAUUCACUAGCAUUUGUUCAACGGCUACGCCGUUUAUGGUUAUCAGCAUGCUGGAGAGUUUGUAUAAGCAUUUCGAUGAAUUGUGUGGAUUUUUCGAUGUUUACAAGGUGGAAACCAUCGGUGACGCCUACUGCGUGGCAAGUGGAUUGCAUCGUGCGAGCAUCUACGAUGCACACAAGGUUGCUUGGAUGGCUCUGCGUAUGAUCGAGACGUGCUCGCAGUUCAAGGCUCACGAUGGUCAACAUAUCAGGAUGCGCAUUGGACUUCACACGGGAACGGUGCUGGCCGGCGUGGUGGGACGUAAAAUGCCUCGCUACUGCUUGUUUGGCCACAAUGUGACGAUCGCGAACAAGUUCGAGUCGGGUAGCGAGGCGUGCAAGGUCAACAUCAGUCCCACCACGAAGGACUGGCUGAUCAAACAUCCGGGCUACGGCUUUCAACUUAACCCAAGAGAUCCGUCCUGCAUGCCAAAGGAGUUUACCGACUCCAAAGGGUUGACGUGCUAUUUCCUCGAGGGUUAUCAACACCCCACAGUGGAAAAUGCGGAUGCGACUCUUCAGGAGCACAUUGAGGCCGCUAUGAAGCAGACCCUUGGUGAUUCUGGUGAAGUGAUUGUUGUUGAAGAAAAGUUAGACAAUUAAAAUUGUUACUCCUUGAUAAAACUGGUAUAGCAACUAUUGUAGCAACUAUUGUAGACAUUUGAAAAAUAAAUGGAAUUAAAAUUAAA